GGCGGGAGAGAGAGGAGAGGAAUGGGGACUCCGUCAACACGCCCUCUAACAUGGUCGUGGAGUCCUCAACGUCGGGUGCUGUUUAGGCCGUAUUUUCAGGAGAAAAGAGGAAUAUUCGGCCAUUUUUAUACUCCUCCUUCCCUUCUCUUUCCCUCCAUUUUCUUCUCCCACAGGGUCACGGAUCCUGACUCACAUCAUGUCUGGACGUCUUGAUCGAUUCUCAAGACCUGGUCUAGAUGGAUCCUCUCACCAUGGAAGAUCUGAUGUUGAGAACUCUGAGGAUGAAAGGAGGACUAGGAUGGGAUCUCUGAAGAAGAAAGCGAUCAAUGCCUCCUCGAAGUUCAGGCAUUCUUUGACAAAGAAGGGUAGGAGAAGCAGUAGGGUUAUGUCUGUUUCUAUUGAGGAUGUACACGAUGCCGAGGAAUUACAGGCUGUUGAUGCAUUCCGUCAAGCACUUAUUUUGGAAGAAUUACUACCCUCGAGGCAUGAUGAAUAUCAUAUGAUGCUGAGAUUUUUGAAGGCCAGGAAAUUCGAUAUCGAGAAAUCAAAGCAAAUGUGGUCCGAAAUGCUUCAGUGGAGGAAGGAAUUUGGCGCUGACACAAUUAUGGAGGAUUUUGAAUUCCAAGAAAUCGAUGAAGUCCGACAACACUACCCCCAAGGUAAUCAUGGGGUUGAUAAGGACGGAAGGCCUGUUUACAUCGAGUCAUUGGGCAAAGUUGAUGCUGUUAAGUUGAUGCAAGCUACAACCAUGGAUCGCUAUGUUCAAUACCACGUGCAGGAGUUUGAGAAGACCUUUGCCCUCAAGUUUCCAGCAUGUUCAAUUGCCGCAAAACGACACAUUGAUCAAAGCACAACGAUUCUGGAUGUGCAGGGAGUGGGACUUAAAAAUUUUACUAAAGCUGCAAGGGAACUUGUUCUUCGUCUACAGAAGGUUGAUGGCAGUAAUUAUCCUGAGACCUUGUGCCGCAUGUUCAUCAUCAAUGCGGGUCCUGGCUUUAGAAUGCUAUGGAACACCAUUAAGGGCUUCCUUGACCCACAAACUGCAGCAAAGAUCCAUGUUCUUGGGAACAAGUACCAAAGCAAGUUGCUUGAAAUAAUUGAUGCCAAUGAAUUGCCAGAGUUCUUGGGCGGUACUUGUACAUGUGCAGAUCAUGGUGGUUGCAUGAAGUCGGAUAAAGGUCCAUGGAAGAAUCCUGAAAUUUUGAAGAGAGUUCACAACGGCGAGGCAAAAUGUGGGAGGAAAACCACGACCGUUGAUGAGAAGAUGAUUUCUGAGGAUGAUAUUGUGCAUCCAAAGGGUCGUGGAUCUUUCAAAGGAGAAACGGUUCUGGAGGCAGAUGAGAAGAGAUCGCACUCUCCCAGGAUUCAUCGGGAAUUUAUAGCUCAUCCUCAACUGUCUCCUGUUCGUGAAGAAGUUCCAAUUGCCCCUAGUGCCUAUGACUAUGAAGAUUAUAUCCCAAUGGUCGAUAAGGCUGUGGAUGCCACUUGGAAUAAAACAAUUCAAGAUGAGAAACUCGACUCCCUUAAAGGUGAAUUAUGUCCACCAGAAACCUACAAAUCUCCUGACGGGGUAAGCACCCAGAUCUUUUCUGGGGUCAUGACCUUCGUCAUGGGCAUUGCCACUGUUCUACGAGUCACACGUGGCAUUCCAAAGAAGCUUACUAAUGAUUAUGGAAAUCCUCUUUAUGGUGCUGAGUCAAUGCUGAAGGGCAAGGUGAAUCAGCAUCAGUUACCUGCCCCAGCUGUUUCUGCUGCUGAAUUUUCUGCUGUUGUGAAGCGCCUGAGACAGAUGGAAGAGCAGGCGAGUAUUCUCAGCAUGCAACCUGCACGGAUGCCUAUUGACAAGGAGGAAAUGCUGAAUGCUGCUGUAACCCGUGUUAAUGCACUGGAAGCAGAGCUGGCAGCGACCAAGAAGGCUAUGGAGGAUGCACUUGUACGACAGGAGGAGAUUCUUGCCUACCUUGAUAAGAAGAAGAAGAAGAAGAAGAAUAAGAUGAAUCCUUUCUGCUGGUGAACAGAUACAAGGCCCCUGACUGAUGGAAGUUGCAUUGACAGAAGUGAAUUUGGCGGACCUAAUCACAAUUUUUAGUUCUCCGAACUCAUCUAAAUGUACUUUUUGCUGUGUUUGUAUUGCCAAAAUGAUCCUAGGUUUGGGUUUAUAAUAUACAACUUGCCCUUCAUUCAUCCUCCUACAAUAAAUAAAUAAAUAAAUAUCUCAAAUUUACUUAUGGUCCUAAAAGAAUUUUGUAAACCAUUCUAAUACAAAAUCUAAAUUGUAAUGCAUCGUGAUUUCUUUUCAGGGCAUGUUUGGAUUCUCUAUUGAAUUUCAUUGCAGUUGCAGGUCUAACAAAGUGGAAAUAAUCAAAUUGUAGUUUCUUUCCAGACACUCUUAUUGGUGUCUUGGACUCGACUUUGUAAUUACUUUCUACUUUAGUUGGAUUGGAAGAAACAUGAAUGAA